AUGCGCACUUCUUCCUUCUACACGAUGAUUAUCGCCUCUCUGGCCACGAUGGUUAUCGCAAGCCCAACUCCCCAGGGAAGCGACCCGCACCCCCCUUGCCCUCCCGGCUACGCGUGCUUCAACCCGGCUCCCGAUGGUGGUUGCUAUUCUUGCAAGCCGACUGGCGGCGCCUAA